AUGUCCACAACUAAAAAGGCCGUAAAAAUACCAUCGGAGCUACCGAUAACAGCCAAGACACAAUCACCACUCUGUUUCCUACAUUCUGAAAUACUGCGAGCUUAUAUUGGCGAACAAGGUGCUUAUGUUUACUCUGUUUUGCAUUCACGCCGUAAGCAAACUAUAGGGGAACUUUCUAAAAAAACUGGGUUGUCUAUAGGAAGUUUAAAAAAGUUGUUAACUGUUUUAAUACAACUAGGAUGUGCUGUGUAUAUUAAGAAUGAAAGGACAGGUGCAGUUUCUUAUGCACAUAACGAAGAAGGAUGUUGGAAAUUGACCUUUGCAGAUGACAUUGUUCGUCAUAUUCGUGAGAAGUUUGGUGACAACCAUGCCGGUGUAAUGCAGAAUGUCCUAUUAGGGGGACAUGUUACAAUUGGUUCUUAUGUUAAAGAGAUUGAACUCAAAAGUGAAAUCGAGAUGGUUGAGCAAUCAUUUCUGGAUUUAAUUGAGGAUGGAUGGCUAAUUCAUGUUAAGGGGAUGGAUUUCACAACUUUGAGUGAGAACUUUGCCAACUGUGUUCGCCUAGCAAACAGAGAGUUUAUGGAAAACAGUAGUCAGUACACAAGAAGUGAUGAUAUGGGAAUGGGUGGCGGUGGUGGUAAUCCUAGAUUCAAGAGUGCAGGUUUGUCGCAGCUAAAGAAAACUAUGAUUAUCAAGGAUAUUGCCAAAGAAAAAUUUUUGAAGCUGUAUUAUGAUAACAGUGGUAAAGAACAACUAUAUCGUGUUGGCAUAAGUAAUAAUAAAAGAAGCGAAGGAAGCUCCAUGACUACAUUGUUUAGUGACGACGAAGACGCUGACGAACAGGUUGAUGAUGGAUCCAAAAAAUUGAAAAGAAUCAAUGGGAAUAUUCCAUUGAGUGUUUCAUUUGAAAGAUAUCUAAAAUAUAGCAGGGACACACACUUGGUGUCCAUUAGUAGACAUAGGAUUGGAAAUGUAUCUGCCAUGGUUUAUGAAGUUGUGCUAGACAGAAUUGAGAAAAGUACACGUGAUAUGCGAAAUGUUGAGCAUAUUGUGGAUAGGUUAGUUGCCGAUGCUAGUGUUGGUGCUGGAUCAGCAGGUAGCUCCACAUCUGGUUACGAUCCUAGUACUGCUCAAGAUUUGAAGAAGAGACUCGAGUUAGCUGAUCAACAGAAAGGUAUGAACUUUGGUGCGGCAGAUAUUUUGAAGGCACUUUCAUUAACAAAAAGAUACGAGCUAACUAAAGAUGAUUUACUUGGCACAAUCAUGGAUAACGAAGAGGAUGACGAUGUUCAGAACAGUCGGAAGAGAAAACUAGAAGAAUCAGAAGCUAAUGGAUAUAAAAAAUCUAAAUUGAGUAAACUAGCAGCUCAAAUCAAAACAUUUGAUGAAGAUGAAGACGAAGAAGAGGAUGCUGAUGGAAAAAACAACCAAGAUAAUGGUUUUGAUAUUAAUGGGUCCUCAAGUGAGACAGCGGAACUGCUAAAGCUAAUUUUACACCAUUUGAAACUAUUAACGACCGACACAAAACUGAGUUUUUUGAUAGAGACAACCCCGGGACAAUUUUAUGUCCCCUUCACAGUUCUUCAACAGCAGUUAUCAACCUAUCAUAAGAAGCAGUUGAUUAAAUGCAUAUUAGGCAACGCAUCAUUGCGUGUGUACAAUUGCAUUGAAAGCAAGAGGCUAGCGGAGGAGAAAACCAUUGCAAAGAGCGUAUUAAUGAAGGAGGGAGAUGUGCGUCGUGUUAUAGCAACUCUUACACGGUUUGGCCUCAUUGAGAUCCAAGAGAUCCCUCGUACAACUGAUAGAAGUGCAAUGCGUAGUAUUUUUGCUUUUAAAUUAAAUCGCACAUUGAGAAGCUCAAGGAUGUUGGCAAAUUGUUUGCUCUUCAAUGCAGGCGAGGUUCUGUCAGGGGUGGAAGAACGUAAGGAUGAAAACAAGAUUCUCUUGGCUAAGUUAAGCAGAACUGAUGUCAAAGGACACGAAUCAGAACUGCUUCUACCUAGUGAACUGGAACAGCUAAACAUGAUCUCAUCUGCGAACCGUGCAGACAUGGCACGGCUGCAGAGACUUCGCCAUAUGGGUGUUCUCUUUUGGUUUACAGAGACUGUGUAG